AUGGCAGAACUAAAUUAUUCAACCUAUUUUAAGGAGCAAUAUGGCAAAACAGGUGUGCAAAUGUGGAACUUUUGGCACUUUUCUUCAAAGGAACCAAAAUUUUUUAAAUUGCCGUCAUUCUAUUCUACAAAGUUCAAAAUUAUAUUAAACGUAGAAGUUGAUAUUUUGAAUAAUGUGUUUACUGGAAAAGCACAUAGCGCUUUGAUUCUGAAAGCAAGUGUUAGCUCUGAAAUGAAUAUAAACGCUACCUUUCUUUCAAUAAAAACACAAGUAGAUUUGCUGCAUAAAGAGGCGCAAAUAUGUGGCCUUGUUAAUGACAAAGCACAAUAUCACUUAUUUUAA